CAACUUUUCACUACCAAAUAAUCAUAAUGCUUUCACCUAAGACAAUUACUCCUUAUUAAAGAUUUAUCCUUUUUUAUUUUUAUUUUUUUACACAUGCUAUGCCUUCAUUCUCCCACAUCCCUUGGUAACCAUUUUCUUCUUGCUCUUUCUCCUUUUCUGUUGUCCUUUGUAUGCACAGACUCUUACAUCUUUCUCUGCCUUUUUCACACUAUACUUUACUUAUUCAAGUUCCAAAACCUUUGAGUAUAGCAGCAAUUGUAACACCUUGUGACCAAUGUCAUAUAUGAGCAACAUGGCUUCCAAUGGGAAGAGAAAGGCCUCAGAAAGAGAUGAAAUUUCUAGUGAUGAUAGUGUUCGUAUCAACUUUUCAAUUAGGGCUCAGGAUGGGAGUAGGGUAUUCUUCAAAGUGAACCCGGACAGAUACUUGAAGAUACCAUUCAAGAAAUACUGUCAAAAGUCUAACUUAGAGUAUGAGACUGUCACCUUUUUGCUUGAAGGCAAACGUAUUAAUGGGAAUCGUCAAACACCAAGAACGCUCAAAUUGAAAAAUGGUGCAGAGAUCGAUGUCAUGAAACAACAAACUGGAGGUGGUGAUGAAGCUUUGUAAGCGGGAGGAAAUUAAAUGGUUUAGGAGCGAGCCUAAUAUAAAUUGUGAAUUUGUUUGUUCACUAUCAUUGUGGUACAUGAUCACAAAAGUAGGUAUCUAUAACUUACAUGUCCUUAACUAUAACCUUAUCUUACAAGAACAUCUAACGCAAACAUUGGUUUGGUGCAAGUUUAAAACUACUGCACUUAUUUGUUGAACAUGAAUUGUUUGUCUGGUAUGAUAUAAUGCUGCUAAUAUUGGGUU